AUGGCGAAUGUCGGAGGCCCGACUCUGCUCAAGCGGACGCUGGGUCUCCAAAAUGAUCGCUACAGCCAGUACAUAGGCCCGACGACCGACUUUGAGCCUUCUCUCAUCAACCUCUCACCCUUCAACCCUCAGGAUGAGAGUCUACUGGCGCGCGGCACUCUGCGCAAGGUCAGUGACGAUGACACGUUCCUGCUACUACCAGAUUCCAACACGCCCGGCCACGAGCAUAUCCUCGAGGAUAUCGAGGAGAUUGAGGGCCUCGUGCGGCCACAUGGUCGCAAGCUAGUAGACUUGUACUUCCGCAUCGUUCACCCCGCCUUCCCGAUUAUUCAGAAGACCGUCUUCCUAGAAAAGUACGAGCGUAGUUACCGCGAAUUUUCGCCUUGUCUACUAGCUGCUGUUUACCUUUUCGCCAUCAACUGGUGGGAGCACGAUGAAGAGCUCGCACAAGUCCCUCGACCAAACAUUCCCAACCUCGAGCGGAUGAUCCGGACAACUCUUGCCGACGCAAUUUACCGUCCGAAACUGUCCACCAUCCAGGCUGGUCUCCUUCUCUCCCAGCGACCCGAAGGCGAUCAAUGGGCUCCGACUGCCCAGCUCGUCGCCACCGCCCAGGAACUUGGCCUCCACCUCGACUGUACGCACUGGAAGAUCCCACCUUGGGAGAAGGGAUUGCGGAAACGCCUUGCCUGGGCUCUGUAUAUGCAGGACAAAUGGGGUUCCCUCGUUCAUGGGCGGCCCUCGCACAUUUUCUCCACCAACUGGGGAGUUCAACCGCUUACAGAUCAUGACUUUCCCGAUGUCGAGUGGGACGAGAAGGAUGUGGAGGAGAAGCUGGAUAUCGAACGCGGUCGCACAUUGUUCGGUCAAAUGGUACAACUGUCGCAGAUUCUUGCCGAGAUUCUCGACACCUUUUACUCAUUGCAGGCCAUGCAAAACGUCACCAACGCUGGCGGGCAAGGCACGCAUCUGGUUCUGGGCAUGGCAAAGCCCAUCCAAUUGAAGCUCAAGGAGUGGUAUGCCAGUUUACCAGCGGCCAUUCGCAUGGACAGCACGUAUUCGUCGAUCUCUGCCCCGCCAGGUCGAUUGUCGAGCAUCGGAUACCUCCACCUUGCUUACUUCGCCGCCGAAAUCACGCUCCAUCGCCGUAUUAUUCGUUCGCUCGAAGCAACCGGGUCGGCUGUCGAUUCAUAUGUUCAACAUAUUUGCCGAAGCGCGGCCAAGGCUCGGCUGAUUUCCGCAAUGGACUUUGUCAACCGCCUGACUACCUCUCACCUUCGCUCCUUCUGGUACUUCGCGUCCAAGACCAACUUUGCCCUCAUCGGAACAUUUGGUUCGCUUCUGUGGGCGACAUCCCCAGGACGAGAGGAAGCCGAUUGGUACCGCAGGCGCUUGGGUGAAUACCGCUGGACAUUAUCCGUGAGCUCGAAGCCAGGCGAAGGCAAAGGUCUAACAAUGUUUGCCAUGACGAUGCUUGACAUUUCAACCGGCCUGCUCAAGAAACUUCCCGAAAAACCUUCCAUGAGCCGCAGCGGAAGCGUGGUGGAUAUCGGACUUGGAAGCAUUAGCAGCAGCUUUGCUAACAACGGCUUGCUUUCUCUUGGACAGAGCGCGCCAGCAACCAUGAGUCUAGGAGGAUUUAGCGGACUGCCCAGUGCCGACGUAAGCAACGCUCAGAGCCCACUCAGCGUGGACAGCAGCGACGACGAGAUGUACGAGACAUUCGCUCCGACGUCGGGUAUGGCAGGCUUGGCCGAAUGA